AGACAAAGAAGGCAAAGAGACUAGCAGGCUGGCAGGCAAAAGGAGUGGCACACCCCACUGAAAAGGACAAUUAAUACCCAACAAUGGUGAAUGAAGGGGGAUGGAAUCUAGUUUGUCUAUGUGUGUUGGAGAAGACUGGGAGGGUGAUGUUUCUUGCUUUGCAGAUUACAGUUUAAUUUAUCAAACUUUCUCUUUUGUUCCUUUUGUGUGUUGCAGGCAAAAUUCCUGUCCCAAGAUCAGAUCAAUGGUAUGUACCUUUUAACAAAACACUCUUUGCAACUAAUUAAAUUUUCUUACCUUCUUAUUGUGUGUGUCCUGCUCUGCCUUGGAAGAAUGCCAAAGCAGAUUUUGAGGAAUUCCUUCUAACAAGUUUCUCGUCGAAGCACUGAGGAAGGUCAUUCUUACUUAAGUCUUUAAAAUAUCGGGGAAGCAAGUGCCCACAUCUUCACUAGGUAUCAUGGCACCAAGGAUGCCACCAUUUAAUGCAGGGUUUCCCAAACUUGGGUACCCAGCUGUUUCUGGACUACUUUCCAUAAUCCCUGACCACUGGUCCUGCUAGCUAGGGAUUAUGUGAGUUGCAACCUAAAACCAGCUGGAGACCCAAGUUUGGGAAAUGCUAGUUUAAUGUCUUUUGCAGUUCUUUAUAGACGGCUUGUCUAUUGAUGCAUCUGAAGGCAGCCCUGUAUGGGGAAGUUUUUUAAUGUCUGGUGUUUUACUGUGGUUUUAUAAUUUGUUGGAAGCUACCCGGAGUGGCUGGGGCAACCCAGUCAGAUGGGUGACGUAUAAAUAAUUACUACUACUACCUUAGAAACAGAUAAUAAAAGAAAUAACUUCAGCUACCAAGAACCGCUGCCUGUUCUCAGCCACAAAGUCCUUGUUGAUGUGAAAAGUUAAGCGCAGCUUCAUAGUGGUUCCUCUGCUUUCCAAAGGAAAAGUUGCUGUUUUACCUUGAAAUGGGUUAGCAUUAUAUUAUUGUUUUCCUGCCGUUUUGUCCAGUUGUUUUCCAAGUGUUGCUCAUGCAGUGGUUAUAGUAAUCUGAAAAAAAUAUAUAAUGAAAUGAUAGAGAGGGACUUUCACUAUUCCUAAAAGGUAGCUAUUGUUGUUGUUUAGUCGUGUCCGACUCUUUGUGACCCCAUGGACCAGAGCACACCAGGCACUUCUGUCUUCCACUGCCUCCCGCAGUUUAGUCAAACUCAUGCUGGUAGCUUCGAGAACACUGUCCAACCAUCUCGUCAUCUGUCGUCCCCUUCUCCUUGUGCCCUCCAUCUUUCCCAAUAUCAGGGUCUUUUCCAGGGAGUCUUCUCUUCUCAUGAGGUGGCCAAAGUACUGGAGCCUCAGCUUCACGAUCUGUCCUUCCAGUGAGCACUCAGGGUUGAUUUCCUUAAGAAUGGAUAGGUUUGAUCUUCUUGCAGUCCAUGGGACUCUCAAGAGUCUCCUCCAGCACCAUAAUUCAAGAAGGUAGCUAGCGUCCAUCAUUUCUCUUUAGCACUGGAGUGCCCCUCUGGGGCCUCAGUAAGCAUAUAUAAUGGCCAGGGGUGAUUAUGGGAGUUGCAGUCCAGAAACAUGUGGAGGGUCAAAGGUUACACACACCUUCUUUAGGAUGUGUCAGUGAAACUGGGUUUCUUCCUCUCCUCCUUUUUCCCAACUAGAGUUCAAAGAAUGUUUUUCUCUCUAUGAUAAGAAGCAUAAAGGCAAGAUCAAUGCCAGUGAUCUCAUCACUGUUAUGCGCUGUCUGGGGAGCAGCCCCACCCCCGGAGAAGUGGCCAGGCACCUUCAGCUGCAGAAAGUUGGUAAGUAAACGGUAGGCAUAGUCAGCGCUUUAAUAAACACUCUCUAGCAAAGGCAGCCUGUACAAAUUAUUUAGAUCCCACCCCAAAUUUCUUGGUCAGGUGCUUCUUUCCAAGGGUUAGAGAGCUAGUGUGUUAGCUAAGGUGAUUCUCUCCUGCUGUUUUGGAGUCAAAUAAUCAUAGAAUUUCAAAGUUGGAAGGGAGCUAAAGUUGUCUAGUCCAACCUCCUGCAGUGCAGGAAUCACAGCUCAAUAAUCUCUGACAGAUGGCCAUCCAAACCCUUUUUUAAAAAAGCUUCCAGUAGAGUCCACCACCUUCUGAGGGAGUCCAUUCUACUGUCCAACCACUCUUACUGUCAGACAGUUCUUCCUAAUGUUUAGUCAGAAUCUCCUUUCUUGUUACUCAAAUACCUACCCUCUGAAGCAGCAGAAAAUAAGUUUGCUCCCUCUUUUAUGUGACAGCCCAUCAGAUAUUGGAAGAUGGCUAUCAUGUCUCCUCUCAGUCCCCCCUUUACCAGGCUAAACAUCCCCAACUCCUUCCACUAUUCCUCACAAGGCUUGGUUUCCCCACCACUGCCUGUUCAAACCCUAUUAUGUGAAAUUCAGGAAAAAAAGUUUCCAAUGUGCAUCACUUUACACUUCUUUACUUUGAAUUGCAUUCAACAUUUUAAUGCCCAGUCAGUUUGGAUAGGUCCUUUGGGAGCUCCCAUUUUCUCCUUACAUCUGUGAACCACUUGGUGUCAUUAGCAAACUUGCCCAGUUCACUGACCAUCCCCAAGUCUUGGUAGUUUAUGAACAAAUUGAAAACCUCAGGUCCCAAUGCUGAUGAGCCAUGAGGGACUGCUUAAUCCCCUCCCUCCAAGGGGCCUGUUAGGCACAAGAAACCACCAAUUCAAGCAGACUACCCAAUCUUUAUUCUGGUUUCCAGACAGGACUGGAGAAAUGGAUUUUUCAACUUUCCUGACCAUCAUGUACAGGCAAAUGCAGCAAGAAGAUCCCAAGAAUGAAAUCCUCUUGGCCCUGUUGAUGGCAGACAGGAAGAAGACGGGAUUCAUUUCAGUGGCAGAGCUGAGGGCCAAGCUGAUGAAUCUAGGAGAGAAACUGUCUAAGGAGGAAGGUAAAAAUUCUUAGUGGAGAGAUUCUCUCUUGGCAGGCAUGCAUUUCUGACGUGUCCCCUCAAUCUUAAUUUUGCCUCCAGCGAACAGGUUUUUUUUAAAUAAUAUUGUAUUGAUCAGGAGUAAUAGGUAAAGGGUGUGCUUACUAUGUGAAGCAGAAAUUCUCCAACAAUUUCCAGGUUAUCUACCAUCAACCAGAUGUUUCGUUGGACUACAACUUACAUCAGCCCCUGACAGGAGUUGCAGUGCAACGUAUCUGGAGGACACCAGGUUGUGGAAAGCUGCUUCACAGAGUCUGACUUGAGAGUCGGUGUGGUAUAGUGGUUAGAGUGUCAGAGUAGGACCUCGAAGACCAGAGUUCAACUCCCCAGUCAGCCAUGAAGCUCACUGGGUGACCCUGGGCCAGUCACUGCCUCUCAACCUAACCAACCUCACAGGGUUCCUGAGAUUAAUUGAGAACCAUGAACGCCACCUUGAGCUGCUUGGAGGGAAAAAGUGGGAUAUAAAUACAAUACAUAAUAGCAACAACAACUGGUUAUAUUUAAAAGCAUUUCCUUUCUAUUGACAUAACCAAACUGGGGACUGGAGAUAUUUCAGAAAAGGCUAAUUACUAAACUAAUCCUAUAUUUAGAUUGCUCUCUCAGACCCCUUUGCUUUCCCAUUUUCAAAAUGGUACUUCUCUUAAGGAAGUUAUCUAAAUUAGCAGUGGCACUGGCUCCCACACUUUUCUUGAGAAAACUGGGUUGACAGCACCAAUGUAAAUAUAUGGAGCACCAGAGAGACAGGCGGGUGAGUGGAAUAGACACAAGUUGUCAAUUUCUGAGACCAACAGGAUGGGGAAGGAAAACUGUUGGGCUUCUGCCUUUGCACAAUGUAACCCACCUAUUCCUUGAAAUGGGAAAACUCCUUGGACCCACUGUAACAUAGUUUCACACUUAUUUCACACACAGGUGAAAAAUAAAAAAGGUAGACAAUAAUCUAGAUAUAAUGUACAACUAAAGUGACAUGCCACAAUUACUGUGCAAUUGUUUACAGUGGACAACCUCCUGAAGGAAGCCAAAGUGGGCCACAAUGGAAUAGUCAGGUAUGAAGACCUGGUCCAAUCCAUCACUCUCCCUGUUGCCGACUACUGAAUCAUUAAGGAAGGAAACAGAAGGGCAACCGUCGUCCUUGUGGCUUGCAGUGCUCCUUCAGGUGCUUGAUGGAACAACUGGGAUCUCUCCCACUUACUUGCCUUAAAUGCUUUGUCUUUUGGAACCCUCAAAAAUAUAUAGUAGAGAUCCAAUUUUUCCCAGGCCCAAAGUGUUGGUUCAAACAAACCAGUGGAACUGGGCUUGUAUAAAAUGGACCACCUAUUUCACUUCAAUUUCAGUGUUUUAAAAACAAGGUGCCUAGGAAUUUGGGUUAUUUUUCAGUCCUGUGUUGGUGGGCCAAGAAUUUUAAGGUAGCGUACAGGAAGAACAUGCAGGUUAUGUACUAGGAUUAUUCAGCAGGGUUGUGUCUCCUGACCUUGUCAGGAGAUGUGUGGUUAUUUUCCCUGUAUUGAGAAAGUGCAUUCAAAUCUUGUUUCAAAACAAGGUGGGCUUUAAAAACUAAACAGCACAGCAGGUGCUGAGCAGCCACCACCCACGCAACCAGUGGCUACCACUCUUGUCUCUGGGGGGCAUGAUCUACCAAGCCAAAAAACAGCCCCCAAGUUGAGCAGAUCUGAUUUAAGAGUACUUCCAGCACCCACUGGCAGAAAUUGAGAGACAGUAGAGUCCAGUUGUGUCACAUUUGCGCUGGUUACCUAUAGGACUUCUCAACAGACAUGCACACAUCCCUAAAAGCUUUCCUGCUGAUGUAAAUUUACAGUGUGCAAAUUCAGCAACAUUUAUUCCAGAAGAGACAACGUAAUAAUGCUUUUUAUUACAUCUAAAGAUGUUUUACAUAAACAGGUAACAUUCAGUAGGGUAAACCAUUUUUUUGCAAUGCAUGUAAUAAAUAUUUUCACUUGAUACUUUUAUACAAACUGACAUUGGUCUACUAUACAUUUUAUUUAAAAGCCACUUUUAAAACUUGUUUGGCAUGCUGUAUGGAAAACUAAGAGAAAGUUAAGGCAAUGAAUCACAGAUCUGAGUUUACAGAAUUAAUAACUUUUUUAAAGUUUCUGCUUAUUUACAUAUUGUUUUCCCUUUUGUUAAUUAGAGCAACAAACAGCAGCACAAGCCGGGGGCCUCUGGCAGGUUCUCUCUCAAUAAAAAUCUAAGCUCUCAUUGAAAGGAAAAUAAUAAAAACAAAGCAAGACAUAAUGUAUUGUGAAAAAGAAAACACCCUGAAAUGUUUAAUGCAAUGAAAAAGAUUAACCACAUUAAAAAAAAACCAAGGACUAGCUACAAGUUCGGUGGAAGGUUUCUAAAAGUGCCUUCUUCCAGGGGAGUAUGGUAUAUGUUUGAUAGGGAUAAGAAAAUCUGGGAAUGCAGUAAUGAAAAUAUUGCAAGACUUUGCAACAAACUGCUAGUUAAGUCUUAGCAAGGUUUAAUUUGGUUUUGCUUUUAGGUAAAAACAACAACAAACUCUGCAUCGAGUAAUGCCCACAGAAGUGAUUCAGAAUCACUCUACCCCUGCUAUUAUACAAGGAUCUUGCAUCUGUGUGUACUUGUGUAGACACUCACUCACUCACUCACUCACCCAAAUUUUUUGUACAAAGUGAGACACACAUCCAAGCAGCACACAUCCCUCUACUUCUCUUUUGGAAAAACAAGGACAAAAAAAAGUGAGCCAACAAGUUAUGAAAUGCAAGAAGUACGCUUUCCAUAUUCAAAUUUAACAGGAUUUGUGUGUUAACUAAAAAACACCCCUUAACUCCAUGUUACUAAAAAAAAAAUCUCUGCAAUUCUUAAAAAUUAGUAUUUUAAAGAAACUGAUAGACUGCAGGUAAUGCCAAAAUGGAACCUUUCCCCAAUUAACUAUUAUUGUUGGCUAAAAAAAACACAAACAACUUAAAACACACACACACUGGCCAGGAAAUAGCUUUUCAAAAGAGGUCCCCGGAAUUAAAUACAUCAAAAAUCCCCUCCCCAACCCAAAACCCAAGUUAAGGGAGGCCAGGAAACACUAUUCACUUUGAAUUGGGAAGAUUCAUUGUUUUACUUAGUAUGAAGGACAGGAGGAGCAGGAAAAGACAUAUAAAAUGGUUUGCUACCUUAAAUUUUCAAGCGCUCUCCACAUUAAACAUUAAUUGACUGACCUUUGCUCUUUAUGUGCCUUGUCUCAUUUGUAAUGCUUUUAAAUGUCUCAUUCCCAAACUGCAAGCACAAUGCCCACCCCUUACUGCCCACUGUGGUGAGAAGUGUCAUUUACCUUAUCAGUGAGAGAGAAACAUGGAAACCCGUGGGUUCAAUGUAGCAGGUACCUUUUAAUUUCACAAUUAACUGGACUUAAAAAAACUGAACCAGUCCUAGAAGAUUUCUAGUCUUACACAGUUCUAGAUCUUUAUCGAGCAUCCACAGGCUAAGAAAGAGGAUGGGCAAAGUCCUCCCCCACCCCAAACACCAUUCAGGCAAGUCACACUGAAGAUAAUUGCACUCUCAGGCAGUUCCCGUUUACUGUAAAGCACAAUAUAACUUCCAGCAUUCAAACACACCAAACAGCACUGAAAGCAGAGUAUGGCGUUCCUUGAAGCCUGAUGAAUUGUUGGAAAGUCUCCUAAAAUUCUGACUCGACAGUUGUUUUGUCAGAUGUAGAAAAAUCUUGACAGACAUGCAGAUAAAAACCAUUUGAGUUGCAGUAGAUACAUUUGGUGAGUAGGGGGGAGCCUUGUGUAGAUGCUGUAGCCAAGUGCACACUUAUAUAUGCUUGCAUUGCAUGACAAUACAUGGGUCAUAAAUACACUCAAUUGCAGCCCAUCAUCUGCAUGCACUUGACUGUACCACAUAUUCCAGGUAACAAUAUAGGAAGAUGCCUCAUACUGAGUCAGACUAUUGGUCCAUAUAGCUCAAUAUUGUCAACACUGACUGGUAGCAGCUCUCCAGGGUCCCAGGCAGGGGGCCUUCCCAGCUCUACAUGUUGGCAGAGACUGAAGCUGGAGCCAUCUGCAUUCAAAGCAAGCUACAAGACCCAUAUCUUACAAUGUAUUUAGCAGGUGGUACCCAGACUCACGUUUAACUGCCUGAUAAAAAGGAUUCACCUUAAGCUAAGAAGCAGAGCAUCAGCUACAGGGUUUCAUCAGAACACUUGUCAAUUUUGACUCCUGCAACUACACUGUGACCAGACUUUCCAAAGUUAGCAAAUCUCCGAUUGUUUCAGUGUUUGGAAUGAUCCUUCCAAUUGCAACAAAAUGGGACCACAUUUUAUAUUAAGUUGAGCCAGUUUCAUUAUACUUUUAAAAAAAGAAAUCAGUUUCUGAUGCCUCCAAGCUAGAUUGAACUUAGAAAGGAUUCCUCUUUUGUGUUCCUUUUAUUUAGAUUUUCCUGACAUUUAAUAAAUUAUAAACUAGUCGAAGGAAACAUGUCAGCCAGACAGUAAUGGAAUUCACAUGCAUGAAACAGACACACUGAGACACACACACAGAGAGAUCUAUAAAUACAUAUAUACACACACAUAUACAUAUGAACAAACAUUUUAAAAAUUCAAGUCAGCUUUUAAAAUGGCGAAGGGGACAUUUGAAAACCCACUUAGAACAUUUAUACUGUCUCUCAAUUAGUUGAAAAGAAAUGAUUGUUUCCUAUUAAAAAGUGGUGGCUUGAUAUCAAUGCAAAGUUUAUCUUAAAAACGAUUUUGAAAACAAAGCUGGGGGGACAAGAUAUACUAACUUCUGCAGCUAUGGUUUAAAGAAAUCGCUAACAUGGUCUUUGAUAAAGUAUAGC